AUGCCGAACCCAAAGAAGAGGGCAGAAAAGGCAGAGGCAGCUUCUGGCAAGAAAAAUGCAGCAGAAUCAGUCAAAAAGGCCGCACAGGAGGAUGAGCAGUGGUCCAAAGGUGCAAAGGGAACAUCCAAGGCAGACAAGGAUGCAGAGAAGCGUGCAGAGCAACUGAGGAAGAAGGAAGAAAAGGCAAAGCUUGAGGCGGAAGAGGCAAAGAGCCUUCCGAGCAAGCCGACUGCCGCCGCUCGAGGCGCCGACAAGGCUGCCGCACGCAAGACUGGCAAGAUUGAUGAUUUCAUGAAGGAUGCGGGCCUAUCAACAGCCAAGGCUCCUGGCUUGUCUGCAACGAAUAUCGACGAUGCGCUGGAUGCAUUGACCUUGUCGAGUAAGGCGAAUAAAGGGUCCAAGGGGCUGUCUGCAUCAGAUAUUGAUCGCCACCCAGAGAGACGCUUCAAAGCUGCUUAUGCUGCCUUUGAAGAACGCAGGAUAGCGGAGAUGAAGGCAGAGAAGAGCGGACUCCGGCUGCAGCAGAUGAAGGAUGUGGCAUACAAGGAGUUCUCCAAGCAUCCUGACAACCCAUUCAACCAGGUCACUGCGGAUCACAAUGCAAGCAAGGAGGAGUUGGCUGCGAUUGCUGCUGCGGAACGGAAGAAGGUCGAGGAUAGGUUGGCGAAGUAG